UCUCCCCCUCUCUCUCUCUUUGGGAAAAAAAAAGAGGUAAAUUCCUGCAGGCCACUUUACUCCAGGUUUCUGUGGGAUUUAAACAUGCGUGCAGAGACUUUGGUGAACUCCAUGUUAGUUCCCUUACUUCUUAUUCAGCUCACGGCUGUUAAGGAAAGUUUGUUACAAUCGCUGGGGCAGGUGUGUACGCUGUCUACUGAGUCGUCCCAGCGGCGGUGCAAGACCCCUGAUGGUUUGAUCUGCAGCGGUAGGGGCGAGUGUAAUUGUGGGGCCUGCGUAUGCCAGGUCGCAGAGCCAGGAAACUACUAUGGGCCACGCUGUGAAUGCCAUGACUGGGUCUGCGCAACAUAUGAUGGGAAGACCUGUGGAGGCCAUGGAGAGUGCUACUGUGGGAAGUGUGAAUGUGACGAAGGCCGGUAUGGAGAGGCCUGCCAGUACCAGGAAGACUGUAACCUGACAAGAAAGAAGAGCAAGGAGCUGUGCAGAAACCCACAGGGAGUGGUGUGCUCCAAUGCAGGCUCUUGUCAGUGUGGCAGCUGCAUGUGUCACAACCCUGAUGGGAGAGGUCUGAUAACAGGACAGUUCUGUGAGUGUGACGACAGCGAGUGUCUGGACGAGGACACUGGAGAGGUGUGUGGAGGCCAUGGCCAGUGUUACUGUGGCAACUGUUACUGUGGGGCUGGUUGGCAUGGAGACAAAUGUGAAUUCCAGUGUGACAUCAGCCCAUGGGAGAGCAAGCGGAGAUGCACAUCCUCGGAUGGCAAGAUCUGCAGCAACAGAGGGACCUGUGUCUGCGGGGAGUGCACGUGUCAUGACGUGGAUCCAUCCGGUGACUGGGGUGACAUACACGGAGACACCUGCGAGUGUGAUGAGAGGAUUUGUCACUCAACUUACGACAGAUACUCAGAUGACUUCUGUUCUGGACACGGCCAGUGUAACUGUGGAAGGUGUGAGUGCAAGGAGGGCUGGACAGGAAAGAAGUGUGAGCAUCCUCUGUCCUGCUCCCUCUCUCUGGAGAGCAGCCUGAGGAAGUGUAAGGGAACAUCCAGCAUUCCGUGCUUCGGACGAGGUUUGUGUCAGUGUGGCCAGUGUUCCUGCCACCCCCUGGGGGACACACGUGUUCAUGGAAAGAACUGUGAGUGUGAUGACCGUCAGUGUGAGGACAUCAACGGGGAGAUAUGUGGAGGUCAUGGUUUCUGUUCAUGUGGCCGUUGUAUCUGUGGUGACGGCUGGUUUGGGAAGUUGUGCUCGUUCCCUCGGACAUGCCAAAUGACUGAUGCUCAGAGCAAGGAGCUGUGUGAGACCGCUGAGGGAGUCAUCUGCAACGGAAAAGGAUCGUGCCACUGUGGACGGUGUAUUUGCUCUGGGUCUGUUCAGGACUGGUGGGUUUCUGGGGAGUUCUGUGAGUGUGAUGACAGAGAGUGUGACCAACAUGACGGACUCAUCUGCACAGGAAAUGGGGUGUGCAACUGUGGCAACUGUGACUGUUGGAAUGGCUGGACGGGGAAUGCCUGUGAGAUCUGGGAGGGAACGGAAUACUAACACUACAGAACAUUUUAGCAAAGAGACUGCGCUGUCAGAAAGGGCCGCAGGGAAAAUCAAAUGGAGGAGAGAUAUGGAGACGAAGAGUGACGGAGAGGAAAAGAAAAGAGAGGCCAACCAAACUGGGAUGUAAUUCUUCAUUCAGAUUUCUGUUUAUCACUUGUAUAACGACAUUCAUUGUACUGGUUACAAGUUAUCUUUAUUAAAACUAUUUUAUUUUGUUAUGCAAGACAAAAAAAAACAUCUGCGGAAACAAAAAAAAAACAUGUUUUUUCUUUCCUUUAGAAGAUAUGACCAUGUAAUCCUUUAUAUUUCCAAUAUAACUAUAUGUAUGAACAUUUUAAUAUAGGAAUGCUUACAUAUUCCAGGAAGCUAGACAUAAGAUGAUGCACAUACAUAAACACAAGACAAACAUUAAAAAGAAAGGAGAAAUGGUUUAUUAUAUAUAUUUUUUCAAUUGUCAGUUUGUCUAUGAGUGUGAUGGUGAUAAUGUUUAUAACGUGUGCAAGCUGAUGAGUUAAUAAAAAUAUAUUCUUGCCUGUGGUUUUGGGAUUGAUCACAAGUUGGACUUAAAUUACACUCUGCACUCAAGUCAGAAGUAUAUUGUUUGAGUGUUUAUUUUUAAUUUUUCAAUAAUAAAACAUUGAAUGUG